CCGUAUGCUGUCCUGCUGUCACUGCGAUGUUAUCGCGAGGAACACUGAUGAUGCUUUUGCGGGUGGGUGGCAUGAAAAAGCUCUUUAUGAAAGCCAUAAAAACGUCAAAUAUUUCGGAUUUUGAUCUCACAUUUCAUUGUGAGAUGUAGUUCGUUGCUUCGCAUCUGUGGAUGACGCUGGAUCACAAUUUCAGCACCUGGACAGUUCCUGGUCAUUAACCUAUACUGGACACAUGGAGUCCGUAACGUGUUUAUGGGGAAACCCUGUGAGCAGGCGCGAUUUGUGCACUAGAUUGGCCUCCUUCCGUUACAAAGAUGCCAUUAUCUGAAUAUGUGGAUCGUGGUGAACAUUUUAUAGCACCUUCGUGAAGGAUGAGGCUUGCAGUAAGGAUCGGGCUUUUUCGUUGUGCCCUGUAUUCUAAGCAGCAGCACGGGUACUUGGCCAAUGCAAAUCUGGAGAGGAUUGCAGCAGCCUACUCCCAGCAAGAACCGAGCCUCGCUCACACUGAUCAUCGACAAGGGAGACAUUACCAUCAUCAUUAGGAGGGCAUGGGAGUCACGACCAUACUUUCAACAAUGUAGAGCAUUAAAGGUGUGAUAUGAGCCAAGUCUCUAAUCUCUGUUGAAAUCAGGAGUAACAAUCGUGUCGACAUCUAUUCACAGAAACAAUACAGCAACAUGAGCAAGCCCCAGGCCCCUCCCCAGGCCCAGGCCAGAACCUCAGAGCUGGAGGUGAUCUCCCAGCAGGUGGAGGAGGACAACCAGUGUCAAAAUCCAGUCCAGCUAGGCAGCUUUGCUUACAGAGACCUGCCUCUGGCCGCACUGGACAUCUCCCUGGCCGGUUCCCAGCUCAUCUCCAACCUGGACGAGGAGGACAACAGAGAGGGGUCUAACUGGCUGAAGCCGUGCUGUGGGCGGAGGGCAGCCCCGUGGCAGGUGUGUCUGCUGAGCGCUGGCUUUAACUGUUUCGUGGUGGCCUGUGUCAUCCUGGUGGUGGUGCUGCUGUGUCUGGAGCUGCUCAUCGACACCAAGCUCCUGCAGUUUAACAACGCGUUGCUGUUUGCCAGCAUUAUCCACUGGAUCAGCCUGGUCAUUCUGUCUGUGUUCUUUGCUGAGACGGUGUUCAGGAUUGUGGUGCUGGGGAUCUGGGAUUACAUUGAGAACAAAGUGGAGGUGUUUGAUGGUGCAGUCAUAGUGCUGUCGCUGGCCCCCAUGGUGGCCUCAACGGUGGCCAACGGCCCCAGCAGCCCCUGGGACGCCAUUGGCCUCAUCAUCACCCUGCGCAUCUGGAGGAUCAAGAGGAUAAUCGACGCCUACGUGCUGCAGGUGAAGGUGGAGAUGGAGAUGGAGAUCCAGCAGUAUGAGAAGGCCAAGGCUGUCAGGGAGGAGCAGCUGGAGAGACUCACCCAGAUCUGCCAGGAGCAGGCAUUUGAGAUCAGGCAGCUGCGGGCCCAUCUGGCUCAGCAGGAUUUGGACCUGGUAGCAGAGCGAGAGGCUGCCAUGCAGAUUCACCAUGUGUGGGGCAAGCAGAGCAGUAUCUUUCAGGAGGUGGACGGUCUAGCCCCUACGGGCCCCGAGCAGCGCAGCCAGGCUAAAGCCAGGGAGGCAGCGGGCCAUAGAGAUCAUGUUGUUCAAGACGACAUGAACAACUACAUCAGCCAGUACUACAGUGAGGCAAGCAGUGAUAUUGGAAUCCCAGAUCCAGCUCGUGUCAUCACCACAGCCAUAGACAUCCAUCUUCCCAACAAUCCCAGCCAGCAGCCCUCGUCUCUGGUGAGUGCAGACGCAGCGUCCAGCCGCCUGCAGCCUACAGGCGGCUCUGUGAGCGAGGCCUCCAAUGCUACCAUGUCCCACUCCAGCUUCAGUGCCCACCAGCACAGCAUCAGCAGCCACACCCUUGGCUCCACCACCGACUGCAGCUCCACGGUCCGUGAGGCUUCAACCUCCACAGACUCCUACAGCGGCCAGCGCUGUUACCCCCCACCCUACUGCAGCCCCCUGGCCCUGGGCACACAGCCUGGCGCCAGAGGACACCCCAGCGCCAUGGUGCAGGAGUUGCUCUCCUCGCUGUCUGAGGACUCCUGUCUGGGCCAGAAGGGCCUGGACCCUGUCAACCUCAAACUGCCCAGCCCUGCUGGCUCCACCAAGACCAGCCCUGAGCUGGAGCACAGGCUCAACAUCUACAACAAGAGGAACCAGGAGAGCCGGGGAGGCUUCCACACCAAGCCCCUCAUCCAUCUGCAGGCCAGUGAGCCCUUCAUGGAGGAGAAGUACAGGCUGUCUCAGGCAGAUGCCCCCGUCAACCGUCUGCCUGAGACAUAGGAAAGGGCUACAGGGGUACUGUAACUCUCAGACAUCACUGACACACUCCUCAAAGACCCUCCUGAAACUCAAUAACACUAAAGACAUGCACUCAGAGGCCUCCUCAACUGGCAUACAGCCAUCCUCCUCAUCGCCAAAAGCACCCUGGAACUGUGAAUGGCAGCUCCGCCAGCAGUGCACAUCUUCCAUGGAGUACAAUAAGGCAGUUUAGUGAACACGCAAUGGACAUUAUCAGGAAUUGACACAAUAAAUGAGUGUAUGAACAAGUCACCAAAAGAAACCAGCAAUGGAGCAUUAGCUCCAGCUAGGAGACAGCAGGGCUCUGCAGAAAUGGGACUGGCUCUGAUGCUUUUACAGUGCCUUCGGAAAGUAUUUACACCCCUGGACUUUUUUCACAUUUUGUUGCGUCAUUGGCCUACACACAAUACCCCAUAAUGUCAGAGUGGAAUUCUGUUUUUAGACAUUUUUACAAAUGAAUGACAAAUGAAAAGCUAACAUUUCUUGAGUCAAUAAGUUUUCAACCCCUUUGUUAUGGCAAGCUUAAAUAAAUUCAGGAGUAAAAAUGUGCUUAAUAAGUUGCAUGGACUCACUGUGUGCAAUUAUAGGUGUUUAACAUGAUUUUUGAAUGACUACCUCAUCUCUGUACCCCAGAUACAGAUAAUUGUAAGGUCCCGCAGUAAAUUUAAAAUGGAUUCAACCACAAAGACCAGGGAGGUUUUUCAAUGCCUCGUACAGAAGGGCACUUAUUGGUUAAAAAAAAAGAAAAGAAAAAA